AUGUCUGGCAACAAAACCAUCGUUUUCUUUGACCUGGAGACCACUGGAUUAGACACUGAUGUGUGUGACAUCAUCCAGGUGUCUGCCAUCUGUGGAGAGAGGGUCUUUGACGUCUACACCCUCCCCCGCCGCGCAGUCACCAAGGGCGCCCAACAGGUGACGGGCUUCACUGUCGGUGAUGACGGCCUGUUUCGCCACGGGAGACCUGUGGACACCGUCCCUCUUGUUGACGCUCUCACCUCCUUCAUUAACUUCCUGCGUUCCUUCCGCCGCCCUGUGCUGCUGGCGGCCCACAAUGCACGGCGUUUUGAUGCACCAGUGCUCACCAGAGUGCUGCAAACACUCUCCCUGUGGCAGGAGUUCCAGCAGGUGGUGUCUGGGUUUGUGGAUACCCUCCCACUAAGCAAGAACCUCUAUCCAAAUCUUGGCAGUCAUUCUCAGAGGAACAUGGUCCGCCACUUCCUCGGAGUGGACUACGAAGCCCAUAAUGCAGUUGAGGACGCCAAGAUGCUGCAGGAGCUGUUCAACUCAUGGCGCCCCAACAAUGGGGACGUCUCAAGAGUUACCAUCUCAACCUAUGCAUUUUAAAUAAGCCACAGAAAGGAAUCAGUGAAAAUUCUGAAAUGAAAUGACAGGUAGAUUUCUUGUGAUUGGAGCCAAAUGAUGCACAUUACACCUCAAACUCACAGAUAUGUAAUGUUCAUUCUGUGUAAUUUGUUUUAAUUUUGUCUGAUGUAUUGUAAUGUCAUACACAAAAUUGUUACA